CAAAAAAAAUUUGCCUGUUCCGAGUGCGGGAAAUGCUUCACACAGAAAGCUCACGUCGUUAGACAUGAAAAAGUUCACUUGGACGUGAAGCCAUAUUCCUGUUCCGUUUGUGGAAGAUGUUAUGCUCACAAAUCCCACCUUACCAGCCACCAGAGGAUCCACACCAACGAGAAGACAUUCUCUUGUACGGAGUGUGGAAGAUCCUUUACCCAGAAAUCCCAUCUGGUUGACCAUUUUAGGAUCCACACAGGAGAAAAGCCAUACUUGUGUUUGCAGUGUGGGAAGCGAUUUACAGUCAAAAGAGGUCUGGUCAGCCACGAGAAAAUCCACAGUGGUCAAAAGCUGUUUUCCUGUUCGGAAUGCGGGAAGUAUUUCACCCGGAAAUCUUAUCUUGUCAACCAUCGGAGGAUUCAUCAACGGGAGAAGCCCUACUCCUGUUCCGAAUGUGACAAGCGCUUUGGACAUAAGAUCUCCCUCGUCCGCCAUCAGAGGAUUCAUAACAACGAAAAUACGUUUUCAUGCCCGUUGUGCGGGAGGUGCUUCGCCCAGAAAUCGCACCUCGUGGAACAUGAGCGACAGCACACAGGGGAGAAGCCCUACGCGUGUAUGGAGUGCGGGAAGCGGUUUGCCGUGAAGAGGGCUCUGGUCAGCCAUGAGUCCACCCACGCGGGUCAGAAGCAGUUCUGCUGUCCAGAGUGCGGGAAGUGUUUCAGCAGGAGAGCUUAUCUUUUCAGCCAUCAGCGGGUUCACCUAAGGCAUAAAAUGGUUUGA